CCGGCCUUAUAAAGGGAGCACGGCGAGGCGCGCGCUCCACUGCGCAGAGGGUGCUCCGUGGGCCGUGCCGUACGCCUGCGCAGUGCGGGCCGCUCCCCGCCCCCUGCCCCGCCGCUCCUCAGCCGGCAGGCCCGGCCCAGCUUCGGCUACUCGCCCUCGCCCGGCUCACAGCUGCCGCUCUGCCCUGCAGCAGCCAGCCCGGCCUCCGGCAGCAUGUUCAGCUGGGUCAGCAAGGAUGCCCGCCGCAAGAAGGAGCCGGAGCUCUUCCAGACGGUGGCCGAGGGGUUGCGGCAACUAUACGCGCAGAAGCUGCUGCCCCUGGAGGAGCAUUACCGCUUCCACGAGUUCCACUCGCCCGCGCUGGAGGACGCUGACUUCGACAACAAGCCUAUGGUGCUCCUCGUGGGCCAGUACAGCACGGGCAAGACCACCUUCAUCCGGCACCUGAUCGAGCAGGACUUCCCCGGGAUGCGCAUCGGGCCCGAGCCCACCACCGACUCCUUUAUCGCGGUCAUGCAUGGCCCCACCGAGGGCGUGGUGCCGGGCAACGCUCUCGUCGUCGACCCGCGGCGCCCUUUCCGCAAGCUCAACGCCUUCGGCAACGCCUUCCUCAACAGGUUCAUGUGCGCCCAGCUGCCCAACCCGGUCUUGGACAGCAUAAGCAUCAUCGACACUCCCGGGAUCCUGUCUGGAGAGAAACAGCGCAUCAGCAGAGGUUACGACUUUGCGGCCGUCCUCGAGUGGUUUGCUGAGCGCGUGGACCGCAUCAUCCUGCUCUUUGAUGCCCACAAGCUGGACAUCUCCGAUGAGUUCUCAGAAGUCAUCAAGGCACUCAAGAACCACGAGGACAAGAUCCGCGUGGUGCUGAACAAGGCCGACCAGAUCGAGACCCAGCAGCUGAUGCGGGUCUACGGGGCCCUCAUGUGGUCCCUGGGGAAGAUCAUCAACACCCCCGAGGUGGUCAGGGUAUACAUCGGCUCCUUCUGGUCCCACCCGCUCCUCAUCCCCGACAACCGUAAGCUCUUUGAGGCCGAGGAGCAGGACCUCUUCAAAGACAUCCAGUCUCUGCCCCGCAACGCCGCCCUCAGGAAGCUCAAUGACCUGAUCAAGCGGGCGCGGCUGGCCAAGGUCCACGCCUACAUCAUCAGCUCCCUCAAGAAGGAGAUGCCCAAUGUCUUCGGUAAAGAAAGCAAAAAGAAAGAGCUGGUGAACAACCUGGGCGAGAUCUACCAGAAGGUUGAGCGGGAGCAUCAGAUCUCCCCCGGCGACUUCCCUAGCCUCCGCAAGAUGCAGGAGCUCCUGCAGACCCAGGACUUCAGCAAGUUCCAGGCCCUUAAGCCCAAGCUGCUGGACACGGUGGACGACAUGCUGGCCAACGACAUCGCCCGGCUGAUGGUGAUUGUGCGCCAGGAGGAGUCCCUGAUGCCUGCCCAGGUUGUGAAGGGCGGUGCUUUCGACGGCACCAUGAACGGGCCCUUCGGGCACGGCUACGGCGAGGGGGCCGGCGAGGGCAUCGACGACGUCGAGUGGGUGGUGGGCAAGGACAAGCCCACCUACGACGAGAUCUUCUAUACACUGUCACCUGUCAAUGGCAAGAUCACGGGCGCCAGCGCCAAGAAGGAGAUGGUGAAGUCCAAGCUGCCCAACACGGUGCUGGGGAAGAUCUGGAAGCUGGCCGACGUGGAUCGGGACGGGCUGCUGGACGACGAGGAGUUCGCCCUGGCCAACCACCUCAUCAAAGUCAAGCUGGAGGGCCACGAGCUGCCCGCCGACCUGCCCCCGCACCUGAUCCCGCCCUCCAAGCGGAGGCACGAGUGAGCGACCCCUACUCCUACCGGCCGGCCAGGCAGAGGCUGCAGGGGAUGGGGGGGUCAGCAGUUCCCAAGACCAUAAAGACAGCAAUAUUUCCUCAGCUCGCAAAGGAAAACCACCACCUUUAUCUUAAGGCUGCUCCUGGGGAGGCAGGGGUGAUACUCGUAGGUGAACGAUGGAAUUUUGUGCAUAAGAACCAUGGAUAUUUUUAAUAUAUAACAUUAGAGGCAG